AUGUCUCAAAGAGUCAAGAAAGUACCAUCUCUAACACCCGAGCAAAAACAUGCCAGAAAAGUCAGAGCCCUCAGAAGAUUUCGUGCUGUAGUCAGGUUAGUAAUGGCGAACCUGUACUGGCUGGGAGACCUCGAAGAUUCCAGAAUAGGCGACAACGUGAUGAAGAACAUCCAGUUCCUCACAAGGAAGAAAGUGAAAAAGAGCUCGCUAACGCUCCAAGAGAAGGCCAUCCUGUGCAAACCCAAAGAAGAAAGAACGGAAGAAGAGAAACUGAUUCUGAACAAGGUGAUCGGCGGAUUGAAGUGCUUCCGGAGGUACCCGCCGAAUGUGAAGAGCCAGCUGGCGGCUGUCACUUACUUCGUGUACUUUGGGACAGGCAGGCAAAUCGUCAAGCAAGAUCAUGCCCCGUUGGCCAUGUAUUUUGUGCUCUCUGGAGAAGCCAGCGUUACCGUGAGGCACUACGACAAGUUUCUGGAUGAAUGGAUCGAAGAGGAUUCGGGGGUAUUAACACCAGGAACAAUGUUCGGGGAAGUAGCCUUGAUCCAUGGCAUUGUAAGACUCGCCACAAUAACCACCAUCACGCCAUGUGAACUGCUGAUGAUAAAAAAAGAAGACUUCGACACCGUCCUGAAGGAGACCGUUCUGAAAGCCUGGAUAGAAAUCCAGAAAAUCAUGAACAGAUUCUCGUACUUCAAAAACUGGGAUUCUGUGACCAAGCGAGAAUGUAGUAUCAUGUCGAGAACAAAGUCCUUUUCUCCCGACGAAACGCUACUAGGAGACGACACUGGUUUACCCACAUACGUAUAUUUCAUCACGAAAGGCACCUGCUGCAUCAUAGAAAAUUUGAAAAUGAUAGUCCGCGACAAUAAGGGAAUCGAAAAAUACCAGCUAUGGGGUGUUAAUUAUCCACAAGGCGAAACAGCAGUUGAAGAAGUCAGUGCCAUCUUCGAUAAAUACCUAACGAAGGACUUUGAAAGUGGAUCCAAGGGAGGUUUCAUGGAAUGGCAUAAAGACGAGUCGACGUUUUUCACUGGAGGCAUGAUGGCGCCCACAGUGUCUACAUUAUCGACUGCUCCUUCAAGGGUGAUCAGAACAGAAACGCAUUUCAUUAAGGUUUGUGAGCUGGCAGAGGGCGCUUGCUUCAACGUUGGAGAAAACUUUCACAGAAGACGCGUCGUUGCAAUCACUCCGACGAAUUGUCUUCUGAUUCCACGUUACUGGAUACUGAAAAAUAACAUUGACAACAUAUGGAAUAGGGUGCAGCAGUUUUUGAACAAGCACAUUCCUACAUCGGAGCAGAUUUUCGAGAAUUUCAUCCAGGAAAAGAAGUUCAAAAAGUACAGAAAGAAGUUGAUUAAGGACCUGCUGGCAGAGAAGAGAGUAGCAAACAAUAAUUCCAUACAUAAUGUUCCUUACAGUAUCCGUCUCAAGGAAGGUACUGACGUGGAUUAUUCAUGA